UUUGUAAAUAAACAGCACCAAGACAUCCCGUCCGCCACCAGAACUUAUUACCCAGAAAUUUAUAUUCUACUUCAUCAAAGUUUUGUUGGGAGGUGGUGAGCGACUAGUGACAGCAGUACGUUAAGGUGAUGGACCAGUCAGGACAGCAGCAUCAGCAGGGUGCAGGUGGUGGUGGUGGGAGCCAGAUCUCCCGAACUGCAGGCUUGCCACUCUCCGACUUCCUGAUGCAGCUUGAGGACUAUAACCCAACGAUUCCCGACGCUGUGACUGCUUAUUAUUUAAACACCUCUGGAUUUGAAGCUGCCGAUGGUAGACUUGUUCGCCUGAUUUCACUUGCAGCCCAGAAGUUUAUCUCUGAUAUAACAAAUGAUGCUCUGCAACACUGCAAAAUGAGAGGUUCCCAGCAGUCAAGCAGCAAGACCAAGGGUAAAGACAAGAGGUUCACACUUACCAUGGAAGACCUCACACCUGUCCUUGCAGAGUAUGGGAUUACUGUCAAGAAACCUCAUUAUUACAUUUAAUGUCAGGAGUCCACAAUUUUGUAUUGAGACAAGAUACAGUACUACCUGGAUUUAGAAAUAUUAUUCAUCAAAAUGAAAAUUACUUAGGAAAUGUCCUGUUUAACCUGGAGAAUUAAAUAUUUGAAUAACCA